AUGGAGCUGCAAGCAGCGCUGCUCGUCGUUCUCGUCGUGCUCGGCGCGUACAUGCCGGUGCUCUUGACGCUGUACGUGUGUCGGCGGCGGCGGGCCCACGUGCGUUGCCGGCAGCCGCUCGAUAUGGCGUUCGCCGCCGCCUGCGUCAUGAUCUUUGCGCUCGCAGACCCGCUGCACCAAGUGCUGUCGGGUCCAGCCAAGGGCCUAGCGUGCUACUGGCACGUCGUCUGGGCAACGUUCGGUGUCACCGGAAGCACGUGGUACUUGAUUGUGGCCGUAUCGCAUGUCGUGCGGCACCGCGUCACCGAAGUCCUUGCGCAGCCGCUGGACCCGGAAGAGCCGUACCCCAAGAUGCGGCUCUAUCGAUGGAUGCUGCGGCGACGCGUUCAGCGCUGCGCCUGUGCUGCGAUCGUGGCGCUCGUUCUCGGCGCGACGCUGAGCGCCUCCAACACGGCUACGCUCCUCGGCUCGUCCCUGAACGGCUGCUUGACACCGGCCAUGGUCGUCUCGAUCGGUAUCCAGUUUGGAUUUUGUCUCUGCAUCGUGCUCUCGGUCGUGUACGCUCUGCACAGCGUCGACGACCUCGCGGGCCUCCACCGCACGUAUGCGCAGACGCUGCUGCACGCCAUGGGCGGGCUCUGGCUGCUCGGGUUCGUCUCGUACUGCGAAGCGCAGUUUCAAUGGACGCUGCUGCGACUGUACAAUGUCAAGACGAUGAUGAGCACGCUUCUCGCGCACCUUUUGUUUUAUUUCAACAUUGUCCAUCCGAUGACGUCGCUCCGUCGCGCCACGCGGGUCGACGAUGCCGAUUACAGCGGCGACGCGACAGCGACGUCGUGCUCACUGCACGAGCUCGCGAGCUUUCGCACGUACCUGGAGCAGCCUCACGGGCUCGAUGACUUUACCGCCUACUGCCGCCUCGCCUUGCGCCUCGAAGACAUUCUGGCCUACACGACGCUGUGGAAUUUCAUGACGCAGCUCCCGACGCGCGAAGCGGCGACCGCCAUCUACCACGAGUGCUUGGACCUGAACGGGCAGCUUGUGACAUCAAGUGCGGCCAAGUGGCGCGACUUUUACCGGUCGCAGCUCGCGAGUCCGCACGGCCUUUGGACCAAUGGUAGUACGAGGAACGUGCACGGGCCCGAGGUGGUUCCUUGGGACUUUUAUUUGCCAUUUCUCAACGACCUCGUCGUCGCGAUGUACCGCGACCUCGCGCCCGACUUUACGCGGCACGCGCUCGGUCUCUCGUGGCGCGAGUUCCGGUAUGCACACCUCCACGCGUCGCAGCGCUGCAUCUCCGGCGACGCGUCGCUCGCAGCGAUCGUCUCAAUGCCCCUCGGCCCCAUUCCCGUAUCGACUGCCUCGUCCCGGUUUCACGACGACGAGCCGUGA